UCCCAGCAGUCCCGACCUGUCCCAGCCCGGCUGCCGGACUCAGCGCUGCUGUCGCUAACACUGCCGCCAGGCAUGAUGGACGGUCCUCGGUCGGAUGUGGGCCGCUGGGGUGGGAACCCCUGGCAGCCGCCCCCCACACCUUCUCCGGAGCCAGAGCCGGAGCCAGACAGAGGGUCUCGUCGAGGAGGCCGUUCCUUCUGGGCUCGCUGCUGUGCCUGCUGCUCCUGCAGAAAUGGGACAGAUGGUGACUGGGGCCCGGAGCCCCAUGGAGACCGAGGCUCCAGGGGUCGAAGACCGGAUUCCCGGGCCUCAGAUUCCCGCCAGCCCGGCUCCCGGACUGGCGGUGUGAACGCAGCUGGAGAUGGCACCAUCCAAGAGGGCAUGCUGGUGGUGACCGGUGUGGAUCUGCUGAGUGCACGGUCAGGCCAGAAUCGCCGAGAGCACCACACAGAUGAGUUUGAAUACGACGAGCUGAUUAUACGCCGUGGACAGCCUUUCCACAUGGUCCUCCACUUCUCUCGGCCCUAUGAGUCCUCCGAUCAUGUCGCCCUGGAGCUGCUUAUCGGAAACAACCCUGAGGUGGGGAAGGGCACCCACGUGAUCAUCCCAGUGGGCAAGGGGGGCAGUGGAGGCUGGAAAGCCCAGGUGACCAAGGCCGGCGGGCAGAAUCUGAACCUCCGGGUCCAUACCUCCCCCAACGCCAUCAUCGGCAAAUUCCAAUUCACCAUCCGCACACGCUGCGAGGCUGGCGAGUUCCAGUUGCCCUUUGACCCCCACAACGAGAUCUACAUCCUCUUCAAUCCCUGGUGCCCAGAGGACCUCGUGUAUGUGGACCAUGAGGAUUGGCGACAGGAGUAUGUGCUUAAUGAGUCCGGGAGAAUUUACUAUGGGACAGAAGCCCAGAUUGGUGAGCGGACCUGGAACUAUGGACAGUUUGAUCAUGGGGUGCUGGAUGCCUGCCUGUACAUCCUGGACCGGCGGGGCAUGCCGUAUGGAGGCCGUGGGGACCCCAUCAGUGUCUCCCGGGUCAUCUCUGCCAUGGUGAACUCCUUGGAUGACAAUGGGGUCCUGACUGGAAACUGGUCUGGUGAUUACUCUCGAGGCACCAACCCUUCAGCGUGGGUGGGCAGCGUGGAGAUCCUACUCAGCUACCUACGCACUGGCUCUUCCGUCCCCUAUGGCCAGUGCUGGGUCUUCGCCGGCGUGACCACCACAGUGCUGCGCUGCCUGGGCCUGGCUACCCGCACUGUCACCAACUUCAACUCAGCACACGACACAGACACAUCCCUCACCAUGGACAUCUACUUUGAUGAGAACAUGAAGCCCCUGGAGCACCUGAACCAUGAUUCUGUUUGGAACUUCCACGUGUGGAACGACUGCUGGAUGAAGAGGCCAGAUCUGCCCUCAGGCUUCAGUGGGUGGCAGGUGGUGGACGCUACACCACAGGAGACCAGCAGCGGCAUCUUCUGCUGUGGCCCCUGCUCUGUGGAGUCCAUCAAGAAUGGCCUGGUCUACAUGAAGUAUGACACGCCCUUCAUUUUUGCCGAGGUCAACAGUGACAAAGUUUACUGGCAGCGACAGGACGAUGGCAGCUUCAAGAUCGUGUAUGUGGAAGAGAAGGCCAUUGGCACGCUCAUCAUCACAAAGGCCAUUGGAUCCAACAUGCGGGAUGAUGUCACCCACAUCUAUAAACACCCAGAAGGCUCAGACGCAGAGCGGAAGGCAGUGGAGACAGCAGCCGCAUACGGUAGCAAACCCAACGUGUACUCCAGCCGCGACUUGGCGGAGGAUGUGGCCAUGCAGGUGGAGGCCCAGGAUGCAGUGAUGGGGCAGGACCUGGCAGUCUGUGUGGUGCUGAGCAAUCGCGGCGGCAGCCCCCGCACCGUGAAGCUGCACCUCUACCUCUCGGUCACCUUCUACACCGGGGUCACGGGGCCUGUCUUCAAGGAGAGCAAGAAGGAAGUGGUGCUAGCUCCAGGGGCCACGGACCGCAUGUCCAUGCCUGUGGCCUACAAGGAAUACCGGCCCCACCUCGUAGACCAGGGGUCCAUGCUGCUCAACGUCUCAGGCCACGUCAAGGAGAGCGGGCAGGUGCUGGCCAAGCAGCAUACCUUCCGUCUGCGCACCCCAGACCUUUCCCUCACAUUAUUGGGGGCAGCCGUGGUUGGCCAGGAGUGCGAAGUACAGAUUGUCUUCAAGAACCCCCUGCCUGUCACCCUCACCAACGUCGUUUUCCGGCUUGAGGGCUCCGGGCUACAGAGACCCAAGAUCCUUAAUGUGGGGGACAUUGGCGGCAACGAGACAGUGACACUGCACCAGAAGUUCGUGCCUGUGCGACCAGGCCCCCGCCAGCUCAUCGCCAGCUUGGACAGCCCACAGCUCUCCCAGGUGCAUGGUGUCAUCCAGGUGGACGUGGCUCCAGCCCCUGGGGGCAGGGGCUUCUUCUCAGAUGCUGGAGGCGACAGUCACUCAGGGGAGACCAUCCCUAUGGCAUCUCGAGGUGGGGCUUAGCCCCUGGCCAGGAGCGAUGGGACUGGAGUCAGAUGAGCAAGGACAUUGCCUCAAGUCAGGGGCCUACUGCAGAGCUGCUCCCCAGAGGCUCAGGUGGGGAGGCCAGGGCAUCUGGGCAGGGAGCCAAGCUUCACUUGCACAGGGCAGCACAAAUGCUAAUAAACUGUUUUUUAAUGAACUGU